AGUUGUUUUAUACCAAACCCAAACUUAAAAGGAAUCAAAUUCACGAAAAAGUUGAAACUGCAAGAGGAGACACGAGUUUUUCCACCGCCAUGGAAUCGCAGCAACCACCAACUCGUCGAGCACCGCAAGCCGCCGCUGAUCCUCCUUCAUCUUCCAUUCUCGUUCCCUUCCUCUCAUUCAUAGCCAUUGCCGUUUUCGUUUUGGUUCCUUCAGCAUCACCAUCCUUCAAAAAUACAAUGGCAAUUGUUCACCAAGUCCCUGAAGGCCAUGUGGGGGUAUAUUGGAGAGGUGGUGCGCUUCUGAAAACAAUUACGGAGCCAGGUUUCCAUAUGAAAAUGCCUUUCUUAACUCAGUUUGAGCCUGUUCAAGUGACACUUCAAACAGAUGAGGUGACAGAUAUACCGUGUGGUACUAAAGGAGGUGUUAUGAUCGUUUUUGGGAAGAUUGAGGUUGUUAACCGACUGCAUAAGGAAUCUGUCUAUGAGACAUUGCUCAACUAUGGUGUACAAUAUGACAAGACAUGGAUAUAUGACAAGAUUCAUCAUGAGAUUAAUCAGUUUUGUAGCUCUCAUAGUCUUCAACAAGUAUAUAUUGAUGUGUUUGAUCAGAUCGACGAAAAGAUGAAGGAUGCCCUUCAAGUUGACUGUACCCGCUAUGCUCCGGGCAUUGAGAUCAUUGGUGUCCGUGUCACAAAGCCGAAUAUUCCAGAAAGUAUAAGACACAACUUUGAACAAAUGGAAGAGGAACGUACUAAGGUCUUAAUUGCUAUUGAGAAACAGAAAGUAUCUGAGAAGGAGGCAGAGACUAUGAAGAAGAUGGCUAUUAGCGAGGCUGAGAAAAAUGCCAAUGUUAGCAAGAUCCUAAUGGAACAAAAACUGUCAGAAAAAGAUAGUGCUAGAAGACAGGAAGAAAUUGAGAAUGCAAUGUACCUCGCACGUGAGAAGAGCCUGGCAGAUGCAGAUUUCUACCGUGUAAUAAAGGAAGCUGAAGCAAAUAGGUUGAAGCUUACCCCUGAAUUUCUUGAGCUAAAAUUUAUCGAAUCAAUUGCUAAUAACACAAAGAUUUUCUUUGGGGACAAGAUUCCAAAUAUGAUAUUGGACCAAAGGUUGCUUGGAAACUUCCUUGUUGAAGAAGUUCCUAGAGGGGCAGCUACAAAGACCAAAGCCGAUAUCUAAACUCUGUCAGUGUGAGCUGCGGUCUCUCAUAGUUGUCUUCUACAGUAAACAAUGAAAAGAAAGAUACUUUUUUUUAGAUUUUUUUUUUAUUUGGAGGAAACGUAGAUAACAGGUGCACCUUUUUGAUACAAUGGAAAUUAGAAAAUCGAGCAUAUUGGACCAACUGUAUCAGGUUCUGAAGUUGAUGUUACAUUUUCUCCUCUAUAUGUACUGGUAUUUUGUUGUCCAUAAUCCUACCACCCUUCCCAAGUUGUACCAAGUGUUUUCAGAUAUGAAAUACAGAAGUAGCUAGUCUUUGGAUUGAGGUCAUGCAUUUGACACAUUUUUAUGCACUAAAAAUACUUUUA